UCACCCCGAAGUAACGCUAGUGUGGUGUAGCGAAAAGGAAGUCCCAUCUGGAGACAGAAACGGAUUAAUCACGGGUAAAGUUACCGACGUUGAUAUAGCUACCACAUAUUAUUGUUUAGCGAACCUGGUUACUUCUAAUUCGUGGUCUGGGUUUUUCCCGUCGCUCCUCGUUCACAAAGGCUUGGAAUACGCCGGGUUUGGAUGGUCGACUGUAAACUGAACUGUCUGGACUCACCUGCCAAUCUCAAGUCAGCCGUCUACGUUAGCUAGUCCGCUUGUUCGCUGCGGUAGCUAGCUGAAGUAACGUUCUUGGUAGAUUUAACCAUUGUUACUGUACUUUAUGCGUUUAACACGAAGGCAGCCCUCGAGUAUUACAUUUGAUUUUCUAGUUACAUGUCUUCUUUGCUUGGAACAAACCGGCAGUUUUCUUAUCAAGCCAACGUUACACCCACAAGUCGCAACCUCCUGUUUUAAUUAUAUACGCUAGCGGGGUAGUUUGCUAGCUGGUGUAAGGUACGUCGCCUGGAAGCUAGUCUGCUGCGUUAGCUAGCUAGCUUAACUCACUUUGAGUAGUAUCAUCCGUCUAGCUAGGAAGCUAGCUAGUUAAGUUAUUGGGUGCUGGUGACAUAGAUCGGAUAGACCACUAUUACUGGCGGGGUUAGUUCGCUAACCUGGCAAAGAGACGGGCGAAAAAGAGGAGGCGAAAUAAAGAGAACAGACAGGCCAACAGAACUAACUAACGUUGGUUAUCAUUUGUGGCAACCAUUUAUUAGCAAUCACUAGCUGGGAGGUCAGCUGUCAUAGCAACAACUAGCUAAUGUAGUUGGCUAGCUAUCCAACUUGACAACUCAUAUCAUAAACUAACGUUAACGUCACUGGUCAGACCGACCUCCCUUCGAGAAAGUGUCUCUAUUUGCUUGGACGUUGUUGUUCGCUAAGCAAAUUUGCAAUCUCCAGCGAACUGCUCAUCAAUGUCAGGAAGCUAACCCAGUUUCUGUGAAGCUGUUUCAAGUGUCAGUUAUAUCCCAGGAGCUGUACAGUACCCUAGAUAGCGAGCUAACUAGCGUGCCACACAUGGACUGAUUCUGAAUUCGUAGCUAGUUACUGUACAUUUAUAUAUUUUCUACGAAAACACAGUAUACCUGAUAAUAUUUCUAGUUAUAUAGUACCAUCGAAACACAGGCAUGAGUAUCGAAAUACCCGUGGGAUUGACGGAACUGCUGCAAGGCUACACUGUGGAGGUGCUUAGACAGAGGCCACCGGACCUGGUAGAAUUCGCCGUGCAGUAUUUCACGCGCUUGCGGGACACCAGAAGCCAAGAUGGGGCCAGUGCUGCUGUCAAGCUCGGUAAAGGAGUGGUGUUUGAUGGGGAGCCUAUGCAAACAGAGUCAAAUGGAGACGAAGACGGGUCAGACGAGUCUGAUUUCGAACCCCCGCCUCCCAGCAGAUACCACCGCAGAGUGUCAGUGUGCGCCGAGGCCUUCAACCCAGACGACGAUGACGAGGUGGAGGAGCCGCGGGUGGUGCACCCCAAAACAGACGAGCAGCGCUGUCGCCUGCAGGACGCCUGCAAAGACAUCCUACUGUUCAAGACCCUGGAACAGGAGCAGUUCUCAGAAGUGCUGGAUGCUAUGUUUGAGCUACGCGUUCAGCCCCAGGAGCACGUUAUUGACCAGGGAGAUGACGGUGACAACUUCUACGUUAUCGAGAGAGGCGUUUAUGACAUAGUGGUGCAAAUUGAUGGUGUAGGGAAGUGUGUUGGCCAGUAUGACAACAAGGGCAGCUUCGGGGAACUGGCACUGAUGUACAACACCCCCCGUGCUGCGACAAUCAUCGCCACCCAGGAGGGGGCGCUCUGGGGCCUGGACCGGGCCACGUUCCGUAGGCUCAUUGUGAAGGCCAAUGCCAAAAAGAGGAGGCUGUACGAGCAGUUUGUAGAGUCUGUCCCCCUACUGAAGUCUCUGGAGUUAUCCGAGAGGAUGAAGAUUGUGGAUGUAUUAGGAAUAAAGACAUUUUCAGAUGGAGAGCGCAUCAUCGUUCAGGGGGACAGAGCAGAUUGUUUCUACAUUGUGGAGUCUGGAGAGGUGAAGAUUAUGAUGAAGAGCAAAACGACGAAGGCCAACCAGGAGGAUAAUGCGGAGGUGGAGAUCACCCGCUGUAGCAGGGGUCAGUACUUCGGGGAGCUGGCCCUGGUCACCAACAAGCCCCGCGCUGCAUCAGCGUACGCCGUGGGAGAUGUCAAGUGCUUGGUAAUAGACAUUCAGGCAUUUGAGCGACUGCUUGGUUCCUGUAAGGAGAUCAUGAAGAGGAACAUCACCCACUAUGAGGAGCAGCUGGUGGCUCUCUUUGGCUCCAGCAUGGACCUGAGAGACUGACCACCCUUCUCCGUGCCUUACACACACACACACACACACACACAUUACAUUACAUUAAUGAACAUAUAAAUAGACAUUGAGAUACCCACACUUGAAUAAAAUAAGUUUACCCUGACACAGAUUUUCUAGUUCAACACACUCCUUUAUAAGCUCUCCUAGGUACACACACUUUCUACUCACCUCUCCAAAUCACUCAUAGAAACACUGUCAGUUGUUUGAAACUACUUCAGUCUCUCCACAUUAGUUGAAAAAGCAACGUCCCUGCUACGACCACUCUGAUAACACCACAUCAAGGACUCCUACAUGCAGGCUUUCCCUGUCACAUACAUACACACGCAUACAAACACGCGCGCACACAACGCACAAACCUCAGCCAAGGACACAUGCGUAAACAUUCACAGACACAGGCUGAACCACACUUGCAAAAACAAACACCUGGUGAUAAUGAAAAUAAGUUUAAAAAAAGAGGAAAACUCCAAAAAUACAUUUAAAAAAAAUAAAAUGAGUUUUAGAAACAUUUUAUGAAGAUAAACAGAAGCUUUGAUAAAAUAUUAUUUAAAUAAAGUUUCCUCUUUGGGGUUGAGUCCUUUCUGAAAGCUCUCGUACUGUUGUUGAUUGAUUCAGUUAGUGCCGGUGAUCACCACAAAAAGACCCUAUGUUUCAGGGCUGUUGUCAUCAUUAACUUUACCUGUUGUAUUGAUUAAUGUAUUAUUAUAUAUUCAUUAUUUUGUUUUACUUUGGCCAAUUCAGAUAAAGCACCAUCUCCUACAUUGUAAAACAAAAAUAUAGUGCUUAUUUCUCCUUGAUCAUUCUGAAUGAGUUGUUCUGGAUAAGAAUAAAGCAAACAUUUUGUUAAACUG